GAUUAAGGAAGGGAGGGAGAAGGAAGGAAUGGAAGGAAGGGGGGAGGAAGGGAGGGAGAGAGGGGAAAGGAAGGAAGAGGAGGAAGGAUGGAGAAGAGAGUGAGGAAGAGAGGAAGGAAGGAAGGAGAAGCAGCAGCUAUGCGAUCUGUUAAAUGCCAGCGCUAUGUCCUGAUGCCGUUGUGGAAACUGUGCUGCUCAGUGUGGUGCUGAGCGAGAGCCCUCCUGACAUCCGUAAUUUGCUUAAUUAAGAGUGUCAUCCCAGCUUGAGUUUCUGUUGCUGCCCAAAGCCUAGCCCUUUCCGUGUGACAAGACUCUUUGUGCCACGGUAUUUGGUAGCCACUUUCUGGGUUCUGAGGACAACACGUUUAUCUAUGUGAAAAUGCUGCGAUAUUGGGGUGAAAUUCCAGUUUCGUCUAACCAGGCCAACCGCAGCUCCUUUGACCUGCUGCAGCGUGAGUUUCGGACUGUGGAAGUCCAAGAUCCUCCAUUACAUCAGCCAUCUGCAAACAAACCCCGGCCGACCACCAUGCUGGACAUCCCCUCGGAACCCUGUAGCCUCACAAUUCAUACCAUCCAGCUCAUCCAGCACAACAGGCGUCUGCGCAGCCUGAUCGCCAUGGCUCAGGCCCAAAACCAACAGCAAGCAGAGGGCAUAAAAACUGAAGACAAUGAACCUCUGCCGUCUUGUCCGGCCUCUCCAUCCCUCCCUGAUGAUCUGCUUCCUCUGGAUAGCAAAACCCCCAAAAUGCCAUUUCAGCUGAGGCACAGUGACCCGGAAGGUGAUUUCUACAGAGGAAAAGGGGAGCCAGUGACCGAGCUGAGUUGGUCCUCCUGCCGGCAGCUUCUCUACCAGUCAAUGGCCACCAUCCUGGCUCACACAGGCUUUGAGUGUGCCAAUGAGAGUGUCUUGGAGACCCUGACAGACAUUGCCCACGAGUACUGCUUGAAGUUCACCAAACUGCUGCGCUUUGCCGUGGAUCGAGAAGCUCGACUUGGCCACACUCCUUUCCCUGAUGUCAUGGAACAGGUAUUCCAUGAAGUAGGCAUUGGCAGUGUGCUCUCGCUACAGAAGUUCUGGCAACACCGCAUUAAGGAUUAUCACAGCUACAUGCUUCAGGUUAGCAAGCAGUUAUCUGAAGAGUAUGAGAAGAUUGUCAACCCUGAAAAGGCAGCAGAAGACACAAAGCCUGUGAAGAUUAAGGAGGAACCUGUUAGUGAUAUUACUUUCCCCAUAAGUGAGGAACUGGAAGGAGAUCUGGCUUCAGGUGACCAGUCUUUGCCUGUUGGAGUCCUUGGAGCUCAAAGUGAGCGCUUCUCUGCCAACUUGGAAGUAGAAGCUUCCCCACAGACUUCAGGUGCUGAGGUGAAUGCUUCCCCACUCUGGAACCUGGCACAGGUAAAAAUGGAGCCACAGGAGAACGAGGAGGCAAAUGUACAUGGCCAUGGGGUCCUAGGCAGUGAUGUCUUUGAGGAACCGAUGUCAGGCAUGAGUGAAGCUGGGAUGCCACAGAGCCCCAAUGGCUCAGAGAGCAGCUAUGGUUCUCAUUCUGCUGACAGUCUGAUGGGAUCCUCGCCUGUCUUCAACCAGCGUUGCAAGAAAAAGAUGAAGAAGGUGUGAAAAGAGACAGUCUUUUUAUUUAAUUCUGAUGGUAUGUAGCAGACUUGAAAUGAGCUAAGAAAGCACUAUGAUGGCUAUGAUUUAUAAACAGGGCUGGCCCUGCUGUAUGAGGGACUUUGUAUAAAAUUAUUAUGAGACAUUUGAUGUGUAGUGCAUUCAGCUCCCCUCUUUGCUGGCUUCUGUACUCACGAAACUGAAGAUCACUCUAUACCUUUGGUGGUGUUGUGGCUUGCUUUUUUUUUCCAGUGGAAGGUAGGUUGUGAUGAGAUUAGCUAAGUCAUAGAAUCAUUGAAUAAUUUGGGUUGAAGUGACAUCUUGAGGUUUCUGUUCCCUAGUCCAGUUCCUGGCUUGAAGCACAGCUGAUUAGAUGAGGUUACUCUGGGCCUUUCCCAGUUUAGUUUUGAAUAUAUCAAGGAUGGUGAUGCUAAACCUCAUCUUAAAGGAGAGUCUGACUCUGUCUUCUCUAACUCGCCCAUUAAGUGGUUUUACACAAUGAGAUCUCUCUUUAGCCUUUUCUCUUCUUAAGUCUGAAGGAAACCAAGUUCCCUGAACAUCUUGUAUGUCCUGUACUCCAGCAUCCUAACUAGUUUUGUGGACUUGCCUUGAGAUUUCUGCAGUACCCUUCUUGUAAGUGGAAGCAUAAAACUGGAUGCAGUUCUCCAGAUACAGUCUCACAAGUGCUGAAUAGAGAGAAAUAAUUAUUUCCCUCAAUGUGCUGGCUGCAUUCUUGUGGGCAAGGAGACAGUCUAAGUCAAGGUAUUUCAGUGGUUGGGAAGCCGUCAACGAUGAUGGUGAUGACCUUGCAAAGAUACUGUAGAGUGGCCUAACAGUGUCAUCAGUCAACCCCAUGUUUUCUUUAACCUCUCUUUCACUUCCCAUCUACUUAAAAAAGCCUUUCAGGUUUCUUGCCAGUUGCAAGUCCAGGUGAACUUUGGCUUUCUUCACUGUCCCUGAAUGCUUGGACUCUGUCUUUAUAUCCCUGCUGGCCAUCUCAUCCUCAUUUCCAUCUCUUUGUACGUUUUUCUCUGUGUUUAAGCUAAGUCAGGAGUUCCUUGACCAUCUGUGCUGGCCUUCGGUCAUGUCUGCUUUACUUUCUGCUCAUCAGAAAGAAAUGUUUUUCUACUUUGAGAAAGCUGUCUCUGAGGAUAAGGCAGCACUCUUGAGCCCCUUUGAGAGGCCAAGGCAGUCCCUCAUGAGAUCCUGCCAAGGUGUUCCUUGAAUAAACCAAAAUAUAUUGUCCUAAAGGUCCAGGGCACUGUCUUGUACACGUUUCUCAGGAUUUUAAGUGCUAUGAUACCAUGUCUGCUGUGGCCAAGACCUUCACAUUCUCCACCAAUUCUUACUUGUUAUUAACAAGUCCAGCAGACCUUCUUCUCUGUUUGAUUUCUUAAUUGUCUAGCAGGGAAGUUGAUGUGGUUUUCUGGAGAAAAUGAAGCAGCUUUUACUAUUGGUAUGAGCCAGUACUGGCAAUGCAAACUCUUCCUUUGCUGUCAUUGGAUUGAAUGCAGCAGUUUCAGGCUGGCUGAGGUUUCCUAUUCAAAGCUGUUAUCUUGACAACUUAGUCUGAAACAGAAUCUAUUUUGCUGCUUGCUUUUAUGGCUUAGCUGACUGAUAGCAUUUUUUUUGUUCUGUGCAAUCCUCAGUUGAUCAACUCAGUCUUUAACUUGAUUCAGUGAGUAUCUCUCUCAAAGAAGCUAGAAUGAACAUGAAUCAAGAAUGAACAGCCACUUAAACUGGCUUUAUACCUGUAACCCAUUGGGAUGUUUGAGGGUGAUUUACCAAACUUCCCAUUUGUCCUUACAAUUGCAAGUUUAUCUUUUGAAAGAAUGAGCUCCAGGCAUAAUAUUUUUGUUUCUGUAUAACAUGCCUAGCCUUAAUUCUUUUUUCCUAACUGUAUUUCUCUUUCACUUUUUAGAAGUGGAAGCCAAGCAUAAAGUUCCUCAAUGUCCAAUAAUGUGUGACCACAGGCUUUUAUGGACAUUGGAGUUAAAAUUGUCCAUCACAGUUUUAAAGGUUUCUCCUGGGGGGUAAAUUCUGGCUAUUUGAAGCCUAGUCAGCAGUGGAACAGCAGACUAGUGUAUCAGGAAAUCUUUAUUUUGAUUCCCUCUGAGUCAUCAUUAGGCAUGCUGCAAUGUCCCUGUUUUCUCAGCUGUAAAAAAGAGAAUAGUAGUAUUUGCCUCCUAGAAGCGUGUUUGAGACUUAGUUACUCUUCAGAAAAGACACUGUGAUCCUUCAGAUAGUUUGUGGAUAACUGUGAGCUUUUCUUCUGCUUGUGUAGGUCUGUUGCUGGCUGGAGAACGCUUAGAUGUACGCUGAAAUGUUACUAACCUAUAUGAUACUGGUUUUAAGCCAAACUGCUUAUCCUGAAAAAAUACAAGAUUGUUGAACUGCUCAGGUACAAAGAAGGCAUUGGGGGUGGUAACUUCUCACUAAGCUUUAGAUGUCUGCAGCUAGAUUUGUUCCUCUGGGCCGUGUUUGCAGCUGAAGAGAAAUAGUCAUUCCUAGGUCACUGCUCAUCUGGCCUUGAAGUAGAAGUAUAAAGCAGGUCAGAUAAAUGGUGGUUUCAGAAAUGCCCGUUUUGCCUUUGUGUGCCCAUAAAGUGAGUUCAGCUUCACUACUUCAGCUGAAAACAUCCACAUCAUCAAUGCCUGAGUUAAGUGACCUGAAUUUAUCCUUUCCUGUCUGAGAAUCAGAGCAGACCUCCUCCCACCAGGCUGGUGCUUUUUCCCUUCUACACAUUUGUAGAACUUGCUGUUGAAAUGCUGGUACUGGGCUAAAAGCAGACUGCUCAUCUUGCCUAAACUAGCAUAUCCAGUGUUCUCCAUAACACAGAAAAUGUUAUCCUUGACUCAGCUUGAUGUCUGUGAUCACCUAUCAUUGGGUUUUUUGACAUAGAUGCUUUGCCAAACCAUCGUAGUAAAGUAUUGUUAAGGCCAGGGCACCUAAGUGAAGUCCCUUGCACUGUUUUCAGGAGCUAGAGUACAGAGAUGCCAGCAUUGCUUGUUCAUUUGCAAGAGUUCAAGUGAGCAAAUAAUAAAAACCUGCCGAUUUCUGUGGCUUUGGAUAAACUUCCUAAACAUCAGUCUUAAAUGUCAUCUUUAUAUUGCUCAUGUACAGAUGUUCUGUCCUUCAUCUAAUUGUGGUUUUGUAUUUCAUAUCCCUUUUCCACACUUGCUUCACCCUGUAACACACACUCUGCAACAAACCAAGCCUGUGUGUCUCAAGUAUAUUUACAGUGGGAGCUCACACUCCAUUGAUUCGGUUGUGUGGUUGCAGUGUAAGAGGGAGGUGUUACUGAUUCUCUUUAGGAUGCAUCUUUAUGCGGAGAUGAAAAAUACAUCAGCACCGCUUGUACAUUUAAAAAUGAUGGCAGAGUCAAAUCUGUUGUGUUAAGCGUUGCUUCUGACAUUUGUAUGCUUGAUGUUUCCUUUUAUGCGUGUGGGAGCUUUACCUUCUGGGUGAGCCCUUCCCCUCCGAACGUUUACAGUCCUUAGUUUUACAGUGCUGUUCAUCAUGCAUGAAACAGUGACAUUUCAAAUCUAGCUCACAAAGCCAGAUACAGACAACAUGCUAUUUUUUAUGAAUCAAAUAAGAUUUUGCUAGGUGUUAACGCAGCCUUAGGCAUCUAUUGAGGAGUUCAUUGACCAUGUAAUCCCCCAAUUUCAAGCCACAGUUAGAUUAUGCAGUGGGUUGGAAUGAAGCUCAGCUCUUGCAGUUAUCUUUUUGCUGGUCGCUGGUAAAGCGCUCUGCCCACCCACCCGCUUUGGUAGUCAGCAGUUUUGUUGCUUCUUUCAUCUUUCUUCCUUAUCUUUCCAAAGGCGGGUGGAUUGCAAAUUGGAGUAUUGAGUAUUGACCAUGUCUAUAUCCAGCAGCAUUGAUGUCUUUAGUGAUUUAUUUUGUCAUGACUGAAAUUGGUGGGAACUUUGAUAUCAAUUUGGAGAGCAAGAUCUGUGAAUUACUUGGCUUUUGAAGUGUUUUGCAUGGGAAUCAUACAGGAUUGUAGUUGAGAGUGUGCUGUGUAUCAUAUUCCUUUUUCCCUCUAGCGAUACCUUUUUAUUCCUUUUGAAGAGUUUUGCCCGGUAUCCGACAAAGUGUACUCUAUAAAUGGCAAUGUAACAACUUUAGUAUACAGCUGUACGUCAGACAGUGCUACCUAGCAAUUUAAUUUCAAGACUGACCAUGCUAAUUUGAAUAUGCAUAAUGCUGUACAGAAAAAGAUGAUUUUUUCCUGCAUAGAAAUUUACAAUUUAAUAAGGAAACAGGAAAAUAAGAUUAAGUAGGGUAGGUAAGGCCAAUCUGAUUAUAUGCACAAUUCUGAGACUUAAGCACGUGUUAUGUGUGAAGGAUGUUUUACUUAAAAUGUUUUGGUACAUGCAUGUGAAUUAAAUAUGUAACUUUGCUUGUGUUUAUGUGGAACAAAAUUGCUUGGAAGUAUUUCAGGGUUGGUUUUAUUUCCUUGCUCUCCUGGAGAGAGUUUCUUUGUAAUUUCUAAGAAAAGAAAUUAAAAAUAUUCUGAAAUAAAAAUCCUAAAGGUC